UGGGAGUUUCUCUUGUUUCUUGCUGUAGGAGGGGGUAAAAAAAAAAAAGCUCUAGCAGCAUCCUCAUCAGCAGCAGACGCCAGCGACCAGGAAGCGCCCUGAGGUGAGUGAUGUGGAUUUGUAAAAUAACCUUUUACUGAUGUAAAAAGUGAUGGUGAGGUUUAUUGCGCUAUUUAUGGCGCAAUUAUUCCAUGAAGUUAGUGAGCCGGAGGAAGGUGGGGGCUCAGACUGAUGUGGGUGCUGCAGUGAGCGAUGGAAGGAGUCGCCAAAAACGAUAUGAUGGUGAAAAAAGAAACGCCUUUACCUUUCACUAUCAAGCAGAAAUCAGAUCUAAAUCAGUGCGGUGGUUGCAGAUGGACCUGUAUCCUGAGACAGAGUUGUUUUUAGCCUGUUAGCGUGAGGGUGCUCUUGGCAGUGUGUCACAACAACACCCAAAACAGAAGAGACAGUCCCCUCUUUCUCACUACAACACCUAUUGUUCCUCAUGGAGAUUACUGGCUGGUACCUCUUGUAGACACUCUUGCCUCUAAUUCAGGGUUCCCUGUUGAAUAAUACUGCAAAUUAUAGCUUUUUUUGCUUGAGGCAAUGCUGUAAACAUGCUCUGCCCAUUGUUGUUGCUGUCGUUGAUCGGUGUGAUGGAUCUACUUGUCACAGUUCUCAUGGCUGUAAUGAGUUAGUGGUGUGACCUGUUGAAUCCAUGCUGAUUCUUCUGCAUACUCACAGGGUUUUACCCAUCUCUACUUUUUCUGCAGUCCUCUGGCAUUUAAUACAAAAGAGGUAGACUGUGUCUUACAUCAGCUCAUAUAUUCUGCCAGCUACACCUGUCUGAUUGUGGCCUUUAGGGAGCCAGAUUUAUAAAUGGGCUUUGGCAUUUCAGUUGGUCACACGCACACAGCUUUUGAAUGCCAUGCCAUGUGUUCUGACUUGAAAAAAGAGAAAAUAUCAUGUGGAGGAAGGUCUGAUUGUUCAAAAGAGAGUCAUAUUUAGGUGUUUUUUAUUGAGGACACAGACUUCUAAGAUGUCAGAUCGACAAGCUUUAGUCCAAACACAGCUUUAAAGCAGGAUAAAUGACAGUAAUGAUGGCAUUAAGAGUCCUCAAUUUAUUAGAGCUGAGCUUUAUUAUGUUUCCAAGCCCUCAUUUAUGACAUCCAUGGAUAGAGAUGUACGCUUUUACUCAUCAAAGAGGCAAAAACUGUCAGUCAAACUCUUGAAUCAAUGUAAACGAUUGAUGUAUUUGGCUUUAAACUCACAGUCAAACAAGCUCUCGGGGUUUUAGACAUUGCUGAAACAAGUUUUAAGUUAGCAAUGAAAGCUGUUUACUUGAAUUUUUAUCGGUAUGAUUUUAGAUGUUGAACAUUUAGUAUUGUGACCAUAUUGAGUGAAUUAAAAAAACUUUUAAUUAAUUACACAGAGGGUUAUUUUUCAAGUCCACCUUCAAAGGUGCUUGAUAUCAAAAAACAUUUUCCCCGUCACUGGCGUGGGUCCGUCUGGAGUGCUUGCCUUGUGAGUUUUGGUGUUUUUCUGUUUCUGUAUCCACCUAAACUGGUCUUUACCCUCACCCUGAAAACAACAUUUGGGCAGCCAAUCAGUUCCUCAUUAUCAUCAUGACAGUACAUCCCCACCCACUCAGAUUGCUGCAUGGAUGAUGAGGUCAGAAGUGGGUGGGAGGCAGCAGAUCCCCACAGAGGCUGAAUUAGUGAUUUUUUUUUUUUUUUUUUUUUUUUUUUUUUGUGGCUGAAUUCAGAUCCUUGCUGAAAAUACAAAUAGGACAUUUUGUAAACAACUAAAAUUUUAGUUGAAUUGUAUUUUUGUAGGACCUGGUUGAUAAAGUUACCAAUUACUAAGUGUAAAUAGUAAACUCUUGCAUAAAAUGACAAGUGAAGUGUAACUUGACAAUUCAGUGCUCAAAAAGAUCUUCACUCAAAAUGUUCCCUUGUGAAUGCUAGUGUGCAGGAUUUAAUGUCAUUUUGCUGUUUGAUGAUCUCAAUCAUUUUUAGGUCUUUCUCUCUAAAGUUUGAUUUGACAGUGCUAAAAUAAAAGUGCUCUCAGGUUGUUUUUUUUUAAGAAUCACACAGACAUGAAUAUUUAAAGAGACUCCAAGCUGAGAUUGAAAAAAUAGCUUGCUGCAGUGAGAUGGAUAUCUUGUACUCGCAGAGGAUGGACUAGCAGAACAUGAUGACUACAGAUCAGAUCAGAGAUUAGAUUAGAUUGAACUUCAUUUAUACUUUUGGGAAGGUUCCCUUAAGGAAAUCAAAGUGGGUGUGACUUAUAAACAUAAGCCACUGUCUAUGGAUGUGCUUUACCUAGUGUUUUUGUUUCAGCACCCCAGGCAGGUGGGCAAUGAUCAAACAGUCAGCGGUGAAGUGUUUGCACAAAGAGCGUUUGAUGUUUGAAUCUAAUGGUGUAAGGCAUCAGAAAUCAUAUAAUCUGCUGGGACUCACAUUGACAGAGCUUAAAAUGAAUGCUGUGCGGAUUUAAAAUAUUUCUAAUUCUUAGGUAUAAGCUUUUCCAAGUCCAAAAAAUAAUAAUGUGUGAUAAAAGCAUGACCUCAGUCUUGAUCUGGAUUCAAUCAGAUUGUGAAACACAGGGGGAGUAGUCUGUUGGCCUUGUAUCUUCCAGGACACAGAACUUGUAGCAAAAGUGAAUCUGUGCCACAGUUAGUUUGCAGAGCUAUGAGGGAAACCUAAAAAUUAUGCCAGCAUUUGACUUGGAAAUAGGGGCCAGUCAGAUGAAUCUCUAGUUUGGUGUCAGCCAGCACCAGAUUAACUGAUGUUUACCUGCUGAUCAAUGUGAGGUUAGUGAACACAAGAGUCGGAAAAACCAACACCCUGUGAUAAUAGAAAAUGAUCACAGCUGGUAAAAAUAGGUAUAUGAACAAAGGGUGUUAAAGAGACUUCCCUGGUUUCCAAAACUGUCUUUAAAGCUACAGUCAGAAAUGUUUAGUUUGUGUCAAUGUUGGCACCCCAUGGGGACACAGCAAUCUUUACUAAUCCCUUCUAGAGGGUGGUACUCGGCAAAACAUCAAACAUACCUGAAAAGCACAUCAGAGAAUUUUUGAUGUAGUGUAGCCCCAAAGGGUGGAUAUAAAUCAACUUUAUAAGAAGAACUUAAACCAUGUUUUAGAAGUCAAUGUGAUUUGAGAAUUCUGUAUCAAUUCCAUUCAUUAAAUUUUCAUUUGGAAAACAUUUAAAAAGAAGCAAAGAGAGAUGGGUGUUUUUAUCCCUAAUUCAAUGAAUGUAAUCAUAUCCUAAAUUGGUUUGUGCCAUCCAGCCCUAGUGCAAUGGGGGGGUUGAUAGACAGUGGUUCUGCAUUGCAUGGUAAAUGAGUGUAAAGGUUGGCUGUACCCUCGCUCCCUGAAUAGACUCUGACGGGAACAGCCCAUGCUGUUAACAGAUCACACUCACUUCUGUGUAGCACUACUGCAGGAAUCUUCCUGUUUACUAUUUCUCCUCUAGUCAUGAUGAAGAUGAGGGUGGUGUCGAGUUGUGGAACUCCGGGUACGCUUGUGUGAGUAAAAUACAUUAAGAGUUGCAUCAUAUGUGAGUAGUAUAUCAGUAACUCAUCUCCCUUGUUACAUGUCAUGUCAAAAGCUGCAGGAUGUGAAUAAGAUUGUCAGAAAACCCAUUGAUGAAAGCACCCUGGACAGAAAAUCGAACACAACUAGAAUAACUGUACAAAGCAGUCGCUGAUGAUAUCAUUGUUACCUGUAAAACCUCCAUUUGUAUUCCAGCUGCCUUCUAACCACAGCAGUUAUGUACCAUAGGCUGGGCUUUGUUCUUUUUAUGUCUUGGGCGGAUAGGAGGCUCCAUGCUGUUUGAAAUUCCUGCUGUGAACUUUCCUGCUAUUCCUCAGGGGUCCAUCACAGUGAUGCAGAUGCAGGCAGCAUUGAUGUGUCGUAAACAGAUCCUCUCCAUCAAAAAGCGUGCGAUGUAGAGUUUACCAGACAACAAAAAAAAGCAGUAUUUGAUAUGCACAGGCACAUAUAGCUGUCAGACUUUCUCAUCAUCUCACAUUUCACAGAUCUAAUAUUGCCUGUUCACGCGCCUGGAGGCCAAAAAUCUCAUCUGACGAACAGGCUCGGUCAUUAUUAAAUGUCCAUACUGGUGGUUUUGCAUUUUUCUCCACUUCCUACAAGCUGAAUAUAUCUUCCAUUAGAGCUGAAACAACCAGUCAAUUUCUCUCUUAGACUAAUGACGGGAUAUGAAUCACGAUAAUUGUUGAUGUUCAGUCACUGCUCUUUCCUUAUUGUUACUUUUGAAAGCAAAUCAAACAUCUCUUAGCUGUGCAUGUUUAUUUAGACAAAACAAAAAAUGCUUUUGACAGGCAUUUUACUUUGUUUAGCCGUAGAAGGAAAAGAUUGAUGCCAAUAAGUGAUGACAAAAACACUAAAAGACAUUUGAAUAUCAUUAAAUUGCAAGUUAAGUAAAGAAUGAUUUAGAAUUGAAUGUUUUCUGCACCACAAACGCUGUUUCAAUCCCUUUAAGGUUUCUUAAAGCGGCAGGGUUUUUGGAAUGAGGUAUCUGUCAAUAGUAAGUGCGCCAGUUAGUUUGACUCUUUUGAUGAGAAACCGAUCAGAGAAUUGGAAUAGAAGCUAGUUUGUCAGAGGGAGUCAUCUCUAUCAUUUUAUUUAACUUGAUUUAAGAGACUGUACGACCAGAAAGCCCAUUGAUUUUUAUAUUGUUGUUUUUGAUGCCUGCUAAAUCAGUGUGAGGGGGUAGGUGAUGGCAAUGCAGCUCAAGAAACAGCCGCCUUUUUACAAUUUCCACAUAAAAUAUUCACAUUAAUUGGUGCAUUUGACUGUCAAAAAUUUUCCUCUACAAGUUUAAGCUUGUAAAGGAAAACAUAAGCAAAGGCUGCUUUGUCAAAAUUGACACAACCAAAAGUUCCUUACAGGAGCUUUAAGCACCAAAUGCCAGAGGUUUUCCAGUGGACACAGUAACAUCUAUAGAGUCUUUUAUCUAAGCGUAGCCUUCCCAUACAAAGGAUAACAGAGUGCUUUGACAAGGUCAGCUUUGAAUAUGCUCUCCCAUCAGAAGAGUUUUCUUAUAUUAUAUUAUCUUCUUAUAUUUUUACCAAUAUUGAAGAAAGUUGGUUACAAACAGUAGCGUUCAGUCAGGCAGGGAACAUGAUAUGGCGACCAAUACAGACUGUGGCUACAGACUUGUGAGCUACUAGCAUCUUCUAAUUCAAAAAGGUCCUCGAAUACCGCUUUUUACCAGGUCCAACUUUUGAUAUCUGUGGCCAGAUGUGUGAUAAGACACGUUUUAUUCUAAUUAUUGUUUGCAUUUCUCAGUUUAGAUGUUUAUUUCUCAGUAGGGAUCUGUUUCUUUUGUCAGCGUUUGCACAUUUUUAUAGCUGUGUGGGUGAAAGUAAUUUUGUUUCUGAGAGUCCGGUUGUCUCCCAGGUCCAUUGUAAAGAUCAGCUCCAGCUGUUUGUUUUUUCAGUGUGACAGGCUGUGGGUGGAAUCCUCCAGAAGCUCUGGGUUGCACAGAGAAAACCCAGGUUAGUCAGGUGUGUCAGUCAGUGUCGGUGUUGGACUGAAUCUAUCAUGGGGUCUAAUGAGGAUGGGCCUGGUCCAUACAGGAGAGGCACAGCAGACACACAGCGCUCCCCUGGGGGCUCACUGGGCAUGUGCUGCCUAACAGGAAGCAGGUGUUGGUUAGUUGAGCACAGUCUGUGUGUGCAGUCAUAGCUCGAUUCAUAUGAAGGCUCAUUCAGCCUUUGGAGGAAAAAGAAAUGACUGCAUUAACCAUGUGCUCUGAGCAGACACACCUCACUAAGCUGUGUUUGUGCUCUGCCUGAUGGUGAGAGAAAGUGAGGUAUAAAAAGAGGAAAGCAUCCUCCCCUUUUUCACUAAGCAGGUGGUGAGCAGAUUGUGUGAAAACCCUCCCCUCUUUCUCCCCCCCUCCGGAUGAAGCAAGGGAGAGUUGCCCGCUGCACCCCCAAACACCUCCCUCCAAACGGGAGCAUCACAGCAGUUGCUCGGAGCCCCUGUAGAGUGAAAAUAGAUGCACUCACAAAUGGUUUCCGUAUUAAAUUAUUCCAACAGCACAAUAGAGGAGUGAGAUCGUAGAGCGAGUAUUUAAGGCGGGGCCUAUUUGAAGUUCAGGUGAAUAUAUCUUUUGUGUAGGAUCUGAUGAACAUUUACCUUAUUUGGGGGAAAACUUUGAUUUGAGCUACAUAAAUUAAGACGUGAAGGGAAAAAAAAUGUUUUCAACCUGUGUAGAUAAAAAUAAGCCAAUCCUUACAUUACACUAGUUACUAACUUCACAUGCUAACUAUGCUAAUUCUUUGUGGCCGGCAGCACCUCUGUGCAACUCAAUCAUAAAUGCAUACAAAAAUACCUUCCAGCUGAUUAAAAAACACAUCAACACUCAGGAUUGUAGAGGGAGACACCAAACACACCAACAACUGCAUACAGGUGUGAGGUUUCGGAACCCAAACUCUUGCCAUGUAGAAAGUGGAGUUGGAUUUGUGGAUUUGAGCAGUGACAAAUUGCUCACUGCUUCAGGCUUUGUUUGUGUCAGAGCAACGCUUGCAAAGACUUUAUUAAACCGUUUUUCAUCCACUGGUCCAGUCCAGAUAUUUGGACGGCUUACUUAUGCUUGCAGAGAAUGGAUGACUUAGAAAAAUGACUUUUUAUUUUUUAUUUUUUAAUGAUAAUAUAAAAUCCCAGUGGAAAAAAAAAGUAGCUCUAUAAUUUAAAUUACAAACCCUCCCAAUUUGAUUUGGAUUUAUUGCAUUUAAGCCACAACAUGAGUCGAAUGUCUUUGAGGUUUGAUGUGAGAUUUUUUUUAUUUGAGCUCUCAUUUUAGAUACUAAAUCAUCAUUGAAGGCCAAACCACUGCUCUCGCUAUUUGACAUGUUUAUGCUCGUGUUGUUGCUGUGCAUGCUUUGACACGUUAACACAUCACACCUCUUUGUGUCGCUGUAUCAAAAAUACAACACUUUCUUUUCGUUUAAAAGUUUAUUAUUGUGAUAGGAUGAUACAGCAUAAACCAAAUCCCAUGUUUGAAAAGUUAUUUAUUGCUAUGACAUGCUCAAUGGAAACCUGCCAAACCCAGCAUCAGACUGCAGGCAAUAAAAUUAGAUAAGUUAAUAUGAAUAAUUAACCCUUUUAUUAAGUUGCCAAGUAUUUACACUGAAAGUUAGCAGAGACCAAAAUUGAAAUUAAAGGAAUGUGAACAUGUGACUUAGUAUUGCUCAGGUUGUCAGAAGCUUGUCUACAAAGUAGGGAUGGGUAAUAAAACGAUAACAAUAUAUAAUGAAAAAAUUAAUUUCCCUCAAUAUCAAUAUAAAACAUGGUCAAUAUCCUUUUCAAUAGCCGGUAUUCUGCCAUGUUUUGGUAAAUGAUAUGAAUAGCCAAUAAAAAGGGGAGUUGCUCUGGGUUCGCUUCGCGCUGAACUAAUCAUGUGCUGAAUUAGAGCCAAGUAGCAAACAACUGCAUAGUAACAGGCUGCAGCUACACGCAACCAUAGCACUUUAAACAGGUGAAGCUGACAGCACUGUCGGUGAGAAAAAGAGAAAUGAGUGCUACCCCUGGCAGAAAUGCAGAUGAAGGCUCAACAGAUGACGACAUCAUCGACAACACUGGCAUGAAAACGUUGAUGGUGUGGAGGCAUUUUGUUUUUUUGAGGUCGGACAUGAAGCAGAGUAAAGUUCACUGCAAAUUAUUUCGAGUACAUGUUCUUGCAAAGUCGGUGAAUACCUCAAAUCUUUUUCACCACUUGAAGAAGUGCCAUGCGGCAGAGCAUGUACAAUGCAAAAUGUUACAAACCCCGAGCGGAGCAAGGAGCCCAUGGCACCUGUGCAGCCGAAACAGCUGACGAUUCAGUCCGCUUUCCCUAGCCCAACGCUUACAACAAAAUGUCAAAGAGACACAAAGAUCUCACAGAUGCAGUAGCUUAUUGUAUUGCAAAAGACAUGCUACCAAUAAGCACUUCUAUAUUUCUUUUUUUUUAUAUCGUGAUAUAUAUAUCGAUAUCGACUGAUAUGAAAAAAUACAUUGUGAUAAUUUUUUUCCCACAUUGCCCAGCCUUACUACAAAGUCAUAAAGUUGGCACUCAAUCCGUCGGAUGUGUAAAAAGUUGAAUGAUUGCUUCCAAAAUGCACCACACCCACUUCAUGAGAUGACUCAGGAUUGUUUCUCCGUCCAACCUGCUGCGAGAAGCUAUAACUGCAUCUCUGAAGCUAAGUUAUUUUGUCUACCCUCAGUUGCCUUUCAGUAUUUUUCAGUUCCUCUUAGUUGUUACUGCAAAAGAUCAGCUUCCAAUCCACACUGUGUCGUGUUGCAUCACUAUAAUUUCUUAUGGCUUGUGAAGAGCUCACUGAAGAGUGACUGUUCAAACAGAAUACCUUUUAAACAGCUGGGUUUCCAUAAUUAUGGUUGCGCAUUUACAUUCACAUGCAGAGCACAGGUAAAAGCCGCUCAUGCUGUGGUGUCACAGCAGGCUUUAGAGAUUAACUUUAUGACAAAGGAAACAUCAAAUCUUCCGCCUCCAUGCAGGUAUCACUGUCCCAAAUAGAGGGACACAUCUUUGCCAACACAAACAGAGCAGCAGCAGCAGGGGAAAACUGUGUGUUUAACAAGAUUUCAGACAGUACAAGAAGAGAAACAACAGCUUGGAAGCUAUUAUUCUUUUAUUUAUGGUUAUUGCAAGGUGUCCUUGGGGGUAGUCUUUUAUCUCUCUGUAGCUGGCAGUUGAGCAGGUGCAGAGGUCUGCAUGUCAGAGCAAGUUCACAUGUUAUUUAUGGUUCAUUUCUGUAGUGAAAUAGAAGCAUCUCUGUCUUUCCCUUGGGCAGGUGGUGUGUCUUCAUCCAGCUGAAUGUUUGACCAUGAAAGAAAAAGCUCUUCUGCCGCUGUCCAACAAAUGGUUUAUGUUGUCGAUGAGGAUGGAGACACCAGGACUGAUCCUAGUGUUUUCAAGUGUGUUUAGAGAUAAAACUCUUUCUUGUCUUGUUUUUAAAGCAGAUUUCAAGGAAGUAUGAUAAAGCACGUAUUUGUGGAUCAGAUGGAUUUUAAAAUUGUGAUACAGGUGAAAUUUAAGAUAGGGUGUGUGAGAGCAAUGGAUGCCAUUCAGCCAGAUUUAAGUCCCUCAGGAAAACUUUGAUGCACACCACCCUCGCCAUCUGCUCUGCAGUAUAAUCCUGCUCUUAAAAAGCUUACUUGUCUAGUCACUUCCUGACUCACAUAUCAUAUUGCAUUUCAAUCACAAUGAUAAUAGCAGUAAUAAUAAUAAUAAUAGAGAAUAGACAAAGAGGAAGUAGCGUACUGUUAGCAGCCCUUCGAGACAUGAUUAGGCACUUUUUAUAACUGGCUUUUCCAGAUUAAUUGUGAAUCCAAAAACAAUGUUAAAACUGGUACUGAUGUGGAUUACUGAUUUAUUAAACAUUUGGACUUCCAAACUGUUUAUUUAACUAUUUUCUUUGAGUUCUGUAGCUUACUAUACCAGAUGUAGAUUUUUCAAAAUAAAAGCAUAGUUUGUCCAUACAGGAAAUUACGCAACCUGAACACUGAACAGAAAAAAUAUAUGAAAAUAAAAGCAUGAAAAUCAUUUAUGAGGCAGUGCCUGCUCCAAAGAAGUUUUGGUCACAGGACUGGUGAUGCAGAUAAAUCAUUCAUAGGUCAUCCAUCAUAAGUUUAUGUUGUCUUAGUUUGUCCUUGAUUUGUCCAUAUCCUCACAUUGAUUGAUUGUUUUAGGGACUUCUUCAACAUUUCAUUAAAUAUCAGGUGGUCAUGAUAACCAUGAAGGGAAAACAUGAUAUGGUGACAGCCAGAUUUCAAAAAGGAUCUCAAACAGAUUGAUUUCAAACGACAAUCAUGAUGUUCCUUUUUUUUUUCAUGAAAUAACUUGAGGCCUUUUGGUGAUAUUGUUGGUAUUUUGAGAGAUAUGUUAUAAGGCCUCUAUCUACAAAAAAUUAAAAUUCAAGUAACAUGUAAGAAAACAAUGACAGCUGAGGACGGUGUAUUCAGCACCGUUAAUCAAAAGAUCACAAAGUCUCCCAGUAAUUGAUUUUAAAUUGCUUUGCUGCUCGAGGCGAAUGUUAGCAGAGCACCUACAACUUUUGGCACUUCUUAGACGUAAACAUCCACAUGUCUGAAAUACACAUCACUUCAGUUGAGUAAUUGUAUGCAGGUUUAUACAAGCCCAGCCACAUGUGGUUUUCUCUGCGUUUUCAAGAUCAAAAUACUGCCAAACUGUACAUUGCUGUGCUUGUUUACAUACAGGUAGUAGAACAUUAGAGCAUUAACAGGGCUGCAUUGUUGGCUCAUGGCAGGUGGCUGCACAACAUAUCAUGGGCAUUUUUGGCAAAUUUAGCACAGACAUUCAUGCCACUGUUAUAUACAUAUAUAUUUUAGCAUUUUUUAAAUUGUGAUUGUGUGUUGAAUGCUGGUGUCAGUGUUUCACUCAAACUUAAAAGCCUGCAUGACUGUAGAUUUUCAAUCUUGUCUGUUUUCCUUCUUAUUACAGGCAUUAAUGAAUCAUGGCCACAAUGGUGCCCUCAAUCAAACCAUAUAAUCAAACCAGCUGAAGCUAAAGCUAAUUUAAUUCAGGUAUUGUGAGGGUUUAGGGGCAGACAUAGAUUAAUCAGGGUUUAUUGCAUACUAUUGAUCUUCUGACCUCACUUUAAUUGUUUUGUCCCUAUCACCUCGAGGCUUGUAUCCUCUCUCCUUAUCCCUGACAGAUACACACAGACAAACACACACAUACAUUAACACUCACACAAGAUACCUCAGCUGUUUUUUCUGAUGCAAUGAGCAGAUUAGCUAGCCAGCUCUUCCCCUUUUGAACAGUGUGCUGUUUUCUCUGCUUCUCUGACUCUAACUCAGGUGUAUGUUAUCACCAGCUCUCUGUUUCUGAACUUACUUCAGCGUUUGUGAUCAUAAUAACCCUGCACAGAGGAGAGAUUUUACUCAUGCUGCUAGUCGGAGGCAGAAUGCUACUUUGCAAGCCAAACUUCAGUUUGUAAUCUGCUGCACUGGCUUGGCAGCAAGACUCAGGGAUGAGGGGAAAAGAAAUGAGCAGAGGGAACGGAUUAGGGAGACAUCAGAUUAGCAAAGUUCAUAAGCUGCAGAAGAAACGGAUACUGUGGGAUGACAGUGAGCAUGUUUGAGUGUUUGUUUAGCAAGGGAAUGACAGAUAAAGAAGAUCCAUGGAGUCUUGUUGCUAAACCUGCUGAGUCAUGCUGUGACGUUUGUCCAAAUGUUGUGUGAAACCACACCACAGGCAGCCUGUAUCCCUCAGCAUCCUGCUCCGUUCUGGAGGUGGAGAGGAAGAGUUGAACUGUUAGCAUGAGCAGCAGGCUGUGUUCAGAGUGAAUGGCUCAUCUGAUGCAGAAGGAAGAGCAGCUCAAUGAGCCGUUUAAGGUCUGUUUUAGCGUCUGCAUGUCCAAUUCUGUCAGAGCUCUGUGUGCUUCCAGUUUACAGCCAGAUUGUUUAGUUUCUUUUACAAUUAGGCAUCAUGACUGUUUGAUUUAGCUCCUGUUGCUUUGUCACGGCUCACAGCUGCACUUUGAUUUGUUUGCUAUUGAUCCACUCAUCUCAGGCGGAUAUAAAUAGGCACCAAAUAGUUUCCUUUUUACUGCAUCUUCCUAUUUUUAGGCUUUUGAACAAGAUUAUUGAAUAGAUUCCCAGGGAGGUACUGCAAAUAGUAUCAAGCUCAGUAGCCUACCACCUUUUGAAUACAAAAAUCAUAUAAAAUCAUGCACAUUUAGCCCAAGAAAGCACCAUAAAGAAAGUUGAUAACAGUGCUCUGCAGAUUGUGUGUGUAUGUUAUGGAUUGUGAUCUUCAUCCUCAGGGAAUCUUCUGCUCACUUCUCAGUUGGAGGAUCAGAGACUUGGUAUCUGACAGCAGCUGAAUAUUGAUUGGAGGCUAACAGAAGUAAAGGGGGACUGUUGUAGUGCAGAAAGAGCUGUUGAAUUAUUACUGGGUUGUAUUUUUGUUCCUCUGCAGACCGCUCUGACAGUGUGAUGUACAGCAGUCCAGCAGCUCUGCCAUUGAUCAGCUCGCCUCCUACAUCAGACAUCCAGCUGUUUUUACUAAAUCCUUCACAAAACUGAUUGAGAUUCCCAGGAAGUGGCAUCAGUGGUGCAGUGAUAAAUAACAAUAAGGCUGGGUUUAGAAAUGUGUGCCAGUUUGGAAACCUUUAGCAUCCUCUACCGCCUCUCGGUUGUUUUAGUCUCGUGUUACCUAGCAGCUCUUAUGAGAGUUGGCUAAUGAUGCUUAUUUUUUGGCUGCAGAGUGCACAGUGUGUUUACUACUGAGCAUACCAUUAUGUAACAAUAAUAACAUCUCUGCAUAUGUUGUGGAGGCUCAUUUCUGCUGCAAAAUCUGAUGAUUGAUGUCUCAUGCUCAGGUGUAAUCGCUGUAUUGAUGCAAAGCGUUGUCAGCACUCUGUUGCUGCUGCUGCUCCAUUUCCCUGAAACUGUUUGUUCAGGGAGGAGUGUACACAAGCCGAGCAGAUGCGAGUCGGGACUGUAUUGAUUGAAAGUGAGAGGAGUGUGUGGCGCUGGAGGACAGAUGGUUUUGUGGUCAUGACGGUGUAAGUGAUAUUAUUCUCUAUGUGCUUCAGCAAGAACUGCCGAUCCUCCUCAAGCUGUCCACAAAGGCAGAAGAGCGCAGUUGAAGGUUUCACUGUUGUUCCAAGCCUGUCAUUCAAACAUGUUGUUGAUGCGGUUUAAGAGGCUAUUAGCAUCUGUCUGUUGGGCUUUGUAAAGCUCCUGCUGUUUGUUUGUCUCCUGAUCAGUUUUUCACAUGUGACAUCUCACUUCCAUUCAUCCAGUACAAUAACAGAUACAGAUAAAUGGCUGCUAAUGGACUGUGAUCAUCAUUAGAUGGAUAAAUGAGCUCAUAACCACACUGAGAGAGGAUGGAAGACAAUUAUCUGUGAGAAAAAGACCAUAAUGCUUGUCGUAUGUUGAAAAUGGAGAGUAUUUAACAGCUAAUUCAAGGUUUAUUAUCUGCACCACAACAUUUAUUUCUUGCACUACAAUCCUCUCCAUUUCAUAGAAACUAUUUUGUCGCCUUUUUUUUACCCCUUCAUUGAGAGAUAGAGUGGAUAAAGUCAAAAACAUAGAGGGGAGAGUGGGAAAAUGAUGCUGUUAAAAUUAUAGGUGUGGAAAUAUUUAUCAAUAAACCUGAAUUGCAGAGCUUCAACAGAUCUGUCUCAAAGCUAAUAGAGAAAAAGGUAGAACAGGCCUUACUCCAACAGUUGACUUGUCUCUUUCUUGACCCUCAGGUAUGGUUCAGUCCUGAUGGCGCACUCUGAGCUGUUUGAGACAAGAGCGCCCCCGGUGGAGGGGAGGCCCGUGGAGCUAGAUGUUCUGAGCUUUUUGGACUCGUUUGGAGAAGCAAACAGCACGGCCGAGAGAUGCUACCGCUCACACUCCCGCAGUAGCGUCCUCCAGGGGCUGCCAUUCGGAGGGGUGCCCACGGUCCUCGCCAUCAAUGUUGUACUCUGGAUGGUAAAGAAUCAAACUCUAUGAUGCAAUUUAUAAUCUACACUGUUUCUGAAUGAAUGUACCCGAUCUAAACUAUUCAAUAAGCCUCUUUUCAUGAAUAUUUGAUCCUAAUUUUAUUAUUUUGAUCUCAGUUAAUUACAGUUUCUGUUUUUUGUUUUUUUUAACCUUCUUUUAUAAACCUCAAAUAUCAAGUGUCCUUCCCUUAAGGCCAUGAUGGUUUAUGGUUACAAACAACAGAUCAAAAGUCAGCAGUUCAGGAUCUUAAUAGAAAAAAAAAAUAUUUAUGCAGGUUACAGCUUCGCGAAAAAUACUUAUUAGUAGGAGCACUGUCAUUGAUCUUUAACGUUUAAAGUGGACUUUUGUAUGUGUACAGCUGCAGUUCAAUAAGUCUUGACAGUCCCUGAAUAUACACAGAGCUGCCAACACCCUGUUGAGAUGUAAUGAAGACUCUGAUACAAGCUGGCAGCAAGAGGUGAUGCAUUGUCAGAGGGCUGUUGCUGUAAAAAUAAAACGUUUAACGGACACGCUGUCACACCGCUUUGCUCUGAAGUUGAUGAUAAGGCAAAACAACGCCUGUGUCAAGAGUCAAUAAUAUGCUAGGGUCAAACUCUGGGCUGGUUUGUGUGUUAUUCCUUAAACUGUCCAAAAAACAUGUAUCAUAUCAUUUCAUUUUCCUCUGCUGAGCCAGGAACCUUAAUGUUGUUCAGUCAGGGGAAUUUUUUCCAGAACUUAAUCUGAAAUUUAAAUUAAGCCUCCACCUUCAGAACAUGGCGUAUUAUUUUAUCUUUUACAUUAAGAAAAUUGGGUGUACUUACACUUAAAAUUGUGGUAGACUCUUAGAAAAAGUAGGAUGUAUUAAAGGAUAAAUAUUGUCAUUGUACCAAACUGCAGUCUCAGCCUUGUAUCUAUUUAACAUGGAUUCUUAAAACCAUUUUCAAUAGCCUCUUAGGUGAGCCGUAAGAUAACAGUAUACACCCAGAGAGAAGGUGACGGUAAGAGAAGGAGAAAAAAGUGAAAUCAAAGUCACCAUUUGGCAAUUCCCUCAUGACAAUGUGAUAUUUGGCUCACAGCUCGAUAACCACAGUUUCUCCAGUCUGAGAAUUUCAAUUGUAAUAUGAAGCCUUUGUAUGGGAGUUAAAAAAAAGUGUCACUUUUCUAGUUUUUCCCACAGAAGGGAUAAAAUGCAUAGAUAUGUUGCCACUCUUUGUCCAUCACUAUCAGUUUGCCCAACGUUUUCCACCUUUUUUCAUAUACGUAUAUAUUUUGUAGAGUGAAGUUUUAGGUCAUCAAGGCUUUUGUACAACUGAGGGAUAAAACCUCUUUUGACAUAAUAUUUGUAUACAUUCAUAAACAACUGGAAAAAAGCUUUAUGGGCUUCUCUUCUGUCAGCCUUUUUUUAUAGCUUAGUUUAAUAGUUUUUUUAAAGGAGUGCAAAUAAAUAUGGUUUUAUGAUACAAAGAGUCUGUUUUAAUAUUUGAAAUACAUAAUUUCACCCUCUAGUACAAUGAUCCCUUCACACCUUAAAGUAGACUUUACUCAUGGAUUUUGUCAUCCAUCAAAAAGUAAUAUAUUUUCAGAUCUUUUUUUUAAUAUGUUGUGAAGAAAAUUUUUAAAAAGUUCCUUACAUCGAGUAUAUUGGAUCCUCUGUACAAUAAUGAACACUGUCUACAUAACGGCUCAGUGUUUUAGCUCCUGCCUCCAGUUAAUAAUAGCCUCUGGUUUCACUUGUCAGCGACCUGAGUUCCUCUGUCAGGCCUUGUCAAGCUUGAUCUCUGCACCGAUAUCACUCUCAAUCUGCCACCUCCGCUCCUUAAUUGGCUCAUUUUAUCGUUGCCUGGUUGCCAAGACAACGCUGAGGGUUGAAUGCUGUCUCCUAAUGACAGGCAUGAGUCAAAUCAUGCUUUCCCCCAGGUGACGGGAGAACGCCUCUGCAUCAAUUCCAUCAUCAUACAGAAUAAAUCAUCUGUGGGACAUGAGGAGGACGUGCCCACGCAUCAGGACUGAAUAAAGUAGAACAACAGGAAGGAGGUGGACAGCGGGGUAACAGUGAGAUAACAGAGGGAUCCUAACUUAAGGAUAGAGUUUGAGCGAGAGCUGCAUGCAAACGCACACUUAUUAAUCAUCUACGUCUCAGUCAAGGAUUCCCUGAUUGUGUAUGCACAGCUCUGAUUCACUAAAGCAUGAAUCAUUCAACAUUCACAGGAGCUUUUCUCUUAUUAACAUCCCCGCUCGCUUUACCAAAUGUCUCCCAACCACAAAUGAGUUAAUGAUUUAAUGCCGUAAUUUGAAUCAAACAUUCAUUAGCACUUUUACCCAAUUUGCGUUUGUCAACAUUCGUCUCUCAUAGCCCAGUUAUACUCUUAGGUAUAUUCAUUUAAUCAGAGAUUUUCAGCUUGAAUUCCCCAUUGUGUGCUUUUGAAUGUCACUGAAAAGGGCUUUUAAACUUCAUUUCUCCGUCCAUAGCAGAAUAGAACAGAUGUUUUCUUUUGACCACGCUCAUUCUUCAUUAGUGCUCAGCAUGUGUCUGCGUGUAUGUGCGCACGCUGACCUGUCUGUGUUAGUUUCCAAGACAACCGCGUACUACUCCAAAGAAAGAAGAAGGCUAGUUUUGCUGAACCGUGUAUUCUUGUUUUUUUUUUAUAUUAUUAUUAUUAUUAUAUGUGAAUGCAGAAAUGAGCCUCAGUUUUGAAAUGAAGAUGUUUUCAGGUUUUAUAGCGUGUGUCAUGCUUUGAACCAUAACAGCUCUUCAUUCAUGUCCUUCUGUGCUUUAGUUCCUGUUACUCAUCUUCUCCUGUCUGAGGAAGGCCGCGUGGGACUAUGGCCGUCUGGCUCUACUGAUGGACAAUGACAGGUGAAUCCAUUUACUGCUGUUUGAUAUGCUCUCUGGUACUUGAGCUACAUUUAAGAUGGAGAAAUAAUUCUUAGAGGAGCCACUUCAGCAGCCUGAUCCUGAGGCUGUAGCUCCCUCUGCUGGUAGUGCUUAGGAAACAAGGAACACGGAAGGAUCAACUAAACCUUUGCUUCUGAUUAUUGUUGGUGUUGUGCUUAAUAAACCAAUUAUUAUUUCCAUAUUAGAUCAGAAAACAUAAGGGGGGAAAAAAUCACAAUUUCUUUAUCUUUACAGUGCUUAUUUUGUUACAAACAAUACUAUACAACUAAAACUUGUUCAAUAUACACAUAGAAAAUAAAUAACUACACACAAAAAUUAAUUUACUUUGACUUAUAUUUUUCCUAUAACGUAGACACAAUGAAGUGGUUUUACAGUGUGCAGCAAUUAAUUUAUUGUUUUCAAUAUCCCUGACACCUGCCUUUGCCUGAGUGUGCAGUUUCACUGUGUGUGGAGAGCCCUAUCCUGCUGCAUUCAGUAUACAGCUGUGAAGUGUGCACAAAAGCAACAAUACUCACAUUUCAGAGGCCUGACAUGGCCAGUCUUUAACAUUUUUCCAAGAAUAACAAAGGUCAGGGUUAAAGGGCUUGGACUAUUUUUUACUUUGCUGUUGUCAGCAAAUACCAUGAAAGAUUUUUUUAACUUGUCCGUUUUUAGUAGAGCUAUGUAUUGUUUAAAAAUAGGAAACAAACAAGUAUUUAUUAAAUAAAGACUAAAUUAUAAGAUUUAUUUUGAUACUGUAUUUGGAUACCUUAAAAAAAUCUACAGGAGUUUCAGUGCACAGAGCAGUCAGCAUGAGUCUGCAGCAUUUAUUUCCCUCUGCUUAACCAGAGUCUCCUCUUCUGGGUAACUGAGGCUUGAUUAGUUCUGGCUGACCGGCAGCAGCUUCGCAGCACCCAAGGGCGAGCAUCAUCUGUGCGUUUUGCCAAGCAGCCCUCUCUCGUAAUAAUUCAAUUAUGCUGCUUAAUUUGACUCGCUGUUGAACUGUCAGAGACGCAGCCUACAGAGAAAUAUCCACAAACUCCAUCAUCACAGCGGCUUUAUUAGAUUCAUCUUUACUGUAUUGUUUUCUGUCUUCUCUGUAUACAAACACACGCAGGGAUUGAUGUCAGACAGGUGCUAAGAGGCUGUCUGCAGCACAUCCAUCAUGUUUUUAUUUGUUCUGUCUUUUAUAGCCUUAAAGUAAUUUAAUCAAAGAGGAUGAUCUAAAAAAGGUCAUGUCAGGCAACAAUCAAUACCUUGUUGUUUCUUCAUUUAUCUGUCCAAUCAGUCUCACCUCCCUGUUUUAUGGAGAACCAAGUGAGAAAGAGAAGUCCCCCUCAGAGACCAGCCCAUCUGACUCCGAGACAAAGGACAUGGUGAGUUUCUCAGUUUGAUGAGUGUAAAUCUUUUUCCAUCUGCUCCUGAAAGUGCCAGUAAGCCCCCCUGACAGCAUUUCAGCUGGAUUAAAAGUACCCUGUUGGAUUUUAUACUAAACUAAUGCCACUGUGUUCACAUCAAGCCUCUUUUAAAAAGACAUUUAAUGUCCUGGAGGUUCAACAAACGACUUUAAACCUGUAACACUUUAAUUUCAGUGUAUACUAAGUCAAGAUCAGUAUACUGGAUGACCCUGUAUCGCUGCUGUACUUGAAAGCUCUCCACAUUGUUUUGACAAUGAAUUUAAUAUGUUUUAAAUUAAAUGUAAAAUUCAAUCAAAUGUAAAAGCAAAACAAACAAUCUUAGUCAAGAAUGAUCACCGGACCACCGGAUCAGUGCCUUUUAGCUGAAUAUUUAAAAGCGCUAAAAAUCAGCUUGUAAAAAAUACUGAGUCAUAUUUAUUCGAAAAUGUCUAUAAACCCACUGCUAACUCUUUAUCUUAUCCCAAUCAAGUUGCAGAUUAAGUUAGCAAAUAGCUAAAGAAGCAAUCAGCAACAUGAACUUAUUAUUGGUGGGAUUAAGUUCAGAAUGAAGGGGAAUGGACAGUGGAUAAGAUAUCAAGAUGACAUGACUAUAAAUGAUAAUCACAAUAUGCUUUUUUAUUUUCAGCUUUUUUUAUCAUAAUAUCUAUUCAUUGCACAGCUCUGUUGAUAAACCAGGACAGUUUAUACUUUGUAACUAUGAAAACCUCCAAAAUACCUCAUUUUAGGCACUAAAAGUUUUUUCAUGCAUAGAGAUUUGCUGAAUGGGGCUGAUAUGGCCGUAUGAAUGUUAGUAAAUAUACAGUUUAUGUAGAGUUUCAGGGAAGAAACUUUUAUUCAUUUCAUUUUUGACUGCUUUACAGGUAGUUUGCUAUGUUACAGUUGUAUAAAAAUGUGUUUUAUAUUGAAAGAAUGCAUAUAGAAUUUGUGGUGGAUCACACAAGCUCAUACAUUGUUUUUGUAUUCAAGGUAAAUUAGUUUUAAAAAUAUUAAAUCAUAUUUUCAGAUCACCAACUUCGGCACUGAUUUAUGAGAGAGUGGCAAUAAGUAUGUGGACACACACAUUUAACAUUUCAUUCCUGUGUAAAAAAUAAUACGUUUAAAGUUAUAAAAAUGUGGCCAGGUAUGAAUUUUCAGUGAUGAAUCACUGAAUAACUCCAGAAAUGUAUGGAUUGAUAGCACCAAUGAAAGAAAUGUGCUUCAUGAAAAUGCAAAAAAAAGAAUAUAAGCAGCCUGUUGCAUUUUAGCCCAAAUAGUCCAUGUUAACAUGAGUGCCACUUCAUGCAAAGCAAUUGUAGACAUCUAAACACUGCUCCACUGUAAGGAUAAGACUAAGAAUAACUUAAUUUAUCACUGAAGGGAAAUUCAAUACUACUUCAAUACUACUAGUGAUAAAAAAAAAUCCCCAGAAUAUCAGUAAUAACUAAAGAAAGGGUUUAAAAUUUGGUAUUUCAGACUGAAAAAGACAAACUCAGAGGUCUGUACUGUGCAGGGAAGAGGAAAAAGCACUAUCGUAGCUACAGAGCUGCUUAAAAAUUACUGAUAUAGGCUAGUCUUCCUGAUCACCUCUGUAUUUAUUUACAUUUUUAGUCAAAAGCUGUCCCCAGUGAAUUUCUUAUUUGUGACUUAAUCACUAAAAAUGCACCAUGCUGCACUUUUACAAUGUAGUCCACUUGUCCGAGCUGUCAUUACGUCAACAUUUGUAAGAGGAAAGUUUGAGCCAUGACUCAGCUGUGCUGUCUGUGACUCUGUGACACCUGUGUGACAGAGUGAGGUCACUCCCUGUAUGUUUACAGCUGUGUAAGACAAAGACUCAGACUGGAGUCAUCAUCAUACACUGUGCCUACACAAAGCUGAGACUGCAGUAAAGUGGUUAGUGCUACAGGCUAGACCUAUUAAAUCUCCAUCUCUGUGUGUCACUCUGCAGACCUUAUUACUAUGCUAAUAGAGGAUUCAUGCAAAAAGCCAGAUGUGCUGAGUUGAGACUCUCAUACAGAUGUCAUUAAUUAUCCUAAAUAACGCAUCCAUUUUCUGUUUUACGAUUCUCCUGUCCCUGCAGGGCUUCUGCUCGUGGCUCUCAUCUCUUUACCAUAUGAAGUAAGUACACAGAGUCGUUGUCCUUCUAAUUAUUCCACCCGUCUCUCAUCUUCGCUCCAAUUCUUUUAUGGGCUCAGUCCUCAAAGCUGAUGUCACUGUCAAAUGUAAAGUCCCGGGUUAUAUGUCAUUUAGCAGGAAAAACAAACAAGUCUGAGCUUAAUGGGUGUCGUGGUUUCCCCUUGAAUAUUUGCACUUGCUCAAGUCUGACUGCACACAACAGAUUUAGGCUCAUAAAAAAGCGAUUUCCACUGUGUCCAUGGUUUCCAUAGUAUAAUGGUGGAGUUUGGAUGCUGCCGUUUUUAGCUCUCAUGCCAGUGGCUCACCCAGGGAUCCCUGGGAAAGUGUGAACCCACCCUGAAAGUUCGCAAUGUGUGGGCUUUCAUGAGACCAGCUUGCACCUCUUUUCUCCGUAUUCCCAUGCAUUUGUUCCGUUUUAUGACAGUGGGUUUCCUGAACCUCUUGCCUGGUUGCCACUGCCUUUAGCACCUGAGUCACCACAUUUUUAAUCAUGAUCAGGUGUAAUCUGCCGGUCUGAAGGCCCUGGCAGUAGCCAGAGUGACAAAUUUAUGCAAGUUUAGGAUUGACUUGCUUAAAAGAAGAGCACAGUUUGCUGUAUUUCUGAUUUUGUCGUGUAAAACUAGGGUGACCAUACAUCCUCUUUUACCCGGACAUGUCCUCUUUCUUGGGGGCUGUCCGGCCUUAUCCGGCUUUGUUCAGGGGAGUUUAUAAAAUCGAAUAUCUGGGGUUCUGUAUAGAAGUUUUGAGUUUGCGUCGCAUGGACCUUCUGAUUUAGAUGCCCGCGAAAAACACUAUAUCCUACCCGAAAAACUCAAAAUUAACCAUGUGCAACUCUGUAGCUGGGCCCCUGCAUGGUCGUGUCUUCUUUUUGGGGAUUCAGAAUAUGGUCCCCCUAGUAAAACAGUGUCAAAUGUCUCUUGGAUUUGAGGUAGAGAUUCUAAUCCCAGUAUGUUUUUGUUUUCCUGCAGAGAUGAAGAGAUUCGUAGCAAAUGUGGUAUCGAUGCCGUAACGUACCUGUCCUUUCAGCGCCACAUCAUCCUGCUCAUGACGGUGGUUUGCCUGCUGUCUUUGGCUGUAAUCCUGCCGGUCAACUUUUCCGGGAACCUCCUGGGUAUUUUGGGCACUACAUGAUGGUUUAGCUGGUCUGACUGUUUAAAAAGCAGAGGGAUAUCCUUAACCUCAAGAGAGACACACCGAAGAACCUCACAGGGAGAGAAGCCAGGCCACACAGAGACAAUCACACACAUCUACACUCCAAAGGGUUUUGCAGCUGAACGCACAGAAACUUUAGCUUUAAACAGUCUGUGGUACAAUUAAGUUUUAAAAAGGCCAAAGUUUAUUGUACAAAUGAAGGCAGAUCAAAAGUCAAAAGAUAAUUUUAACUUAAAAUGACAUGAAAUAAUAUAAUGAAGUUAAAACCAUGGCUAUUUUCAAACACGCAGGCUGGGCUGCAUCUAAUGGGAGUUUCUUGCAUGCCAGUGGCAAUUCAUCAAGCAGGAUUGUUGAAAUAGAAAGUGCUUCAUUUCCUCCUAACAUACACAUGUAGGUGUCAGGGGUGGGAUGAAGCAGAAAAUUAGCUGCUAAAUACAAGCAGAAAUGCCUUUCAGCAGUGCUGUGCUUGUUUUGUAGGAAGUGUUGAGUAAGUGAUUCCAUGACUGCAUGAAGUACAGGAGCCAUUAUGGGGUCUGAGAGCAGCAGAAACUUUUUUAUUAGUGCUGGCUGUCAUCCUAUGGGCCGGUGUGUCACCCUGCUCGUUAAACAAACCAACAUCAUUGACGGGCUGCCAUGGCAACGGCAGACAAAGAGUGGCCCAGUUAUGAGAGCAAGACUGUGAUGUUUGAGUUUCGUGUAGGAUUCGUGGAGAUGAGAGAGUCUUCAUUUAACAGUUCUCUUUGAACAGUUGCAUUGCUUCACCCUCCAGACAAAAAGGAGGAGUUUCCUUCAAGUCAUUAGAAAAUUAAAACGUCUCGCUGUCUGUCAUGUUGCAUUAUUUCUACAGAAGACAGCCCUGAAAACUUUGGGAGAACAACACUGGCUAAUGUUAACGCAAAGUAAGUCAAACACUCCACACAUGACAUCAAAUGUGGUGAGAAAGUACAGAGCUGUGAUAAAAACACCAGACUAUCGGUAUUCCUUUGAGUUCCAGCAGUGUUUCUGUGCUUCACAGGGACAGCUUUCUGUGGCUCCACAGCGUCUUUGCUCUGGUCUACUUCAUCAUCACAGCGCUUUGUAUGGCGCACCACACCAUACGGCUGGAGUACAGAGAGGAUGAGAAGGUCUGUCACCAACUCACUAGCACAUCACGCCGCUGUAAAAACAUCCAUUUAACCAAGGGAACUUCUUUUCUGAAUGCAAAUGCAGCAGGUUCAUUAGCACUUCACACAGAGUACGGCCGACGCUUAUCAGGAUUUCAGCAUUUUUGCGGGUAUUUCAUCACAACCAAAAACCAAAGCAAGAUUUUUCCCUGUGAUUCUCUUGGAUUUAAUUAUUGAUGAGUUUAUUCAUCAUUAAAAGUGAUAAGAAUUCAUCCCUAGAGGAAAAUGAUUUUUACAGACUUAAUGGAAAUCUAUCUAAUGAUAGCACAACUAUCUAUGACACAAAAACAAGUUCUAAUCUGUGAGGAGCACUUUGUAAAAGGAGUCAGAGGACAUCAAAGAUAUAAGGAUCACAGAAUGUAUAUCAAUAGUGGACAUUAGCACAAUAACUUCACAGGUUGGUUUGUGAAUCUCUUAUGGAUUCCAGUCAGAGUCUCCAAGCUUAUUUCCUUUUUCUGCCAGAAACAGUUUGGGAAUUUGGGAAUUGAUGGAACUGGUACUAAUUUUUAAAGCUCUUAUAAGGAUCUUUUGUUUAUUUUGUUUAUUUUUCCCAACUGGCAUCUCACAGUCAGUUUUUUUCCCUAAUAUAUAACUAGCAGACCUCCUCCGGCAGGUUAUUCAUAUGCAGAUUAAAGUACUAAACAUAGGGGCUAGGGUAAGGCUUCACGUUUGAAGUGAACUUUGAAAACUUGAGGCUACAUGUGUUACUUCCACAUUCAGUGUAUGGUACUAGCUUACACAUUACAUCUAAAGGAAUAUCAUGUCCUGUUGGCUGAAUAAGAUGAAAUAUAAUGAGAAAAAGUGGUUAGAUUCUUUUUUUAAGGAAACAGGAAUAUGUGAUAAAAUCCUUGUAGAAAUCCACAACGUGAUGGUAGAGCAAUUUCACUUGUUACUGUAAGUGAAUCUGCUGCUGGAUACAGAGAAACGGUCAGGGGACCAAGUCCAUGACGUGAUUAUUGAUAUAUCUUUGACAAGAAUGUCAUCCAUAGAGCCAGCCUUACUUGAUAAGAUGGUUUUUAAAAUCUUAUUUUGGAGCUUUCACAAUACUACCUCUCAUGAAGAUUGUAUUUUGUGUUUCAGGUAGCAAGGACACUGAUGAUAACCUCCAUACCAAGAGAGAUCUCUGACCCAGGACUUAUCACCAAACACUUUCAGUAUGUUUUUCAACUUAAAUCCUCCAUAAAUGUUUGCUAAAGGUCCAAAAAUCCAUGACCAUCUUUAUACUCACUUGGAGACACUCUCGUCACCACCAUGAUGAUUUACUUCUUUUGCUCUUUUUACCAGUGAGGCCUACCCCAGCUGCACUGUCACAGAUAUCCGCUUCUGUUUUGACGUCCACAAGCUGAUGAGGCUGGACUUAGAGAGGUAAAGUAACAAACUAAGAGCUGCAGCAGAAUCAGUUUGUCGGCAUGAGCCUCCUGACUGAGAUUUAUGUAUUAAUGCAGGCGCAAGGCGAUGAAAGGGAGGCUGUAUUUCGCCACCAAGGCCAAGAAGGAAGGGAAGAUCACGAUCAAGACACAUCCAUGUGCGCAGAUUUUCUGCUGUGACAUCUGUGGCUUUGAAAAGGCAAGUUUAACCAGCAUUAUUUGGAUUAGUGGCUGCACAGAGAGGAUGUUACCACUGGAUGGCACUGCAAUCCAAAUGUAGGCGCAUGCAGCAGCUUGUCCUACUGUGUAAAUGUGAAGUUCCUCUACAGGUGAAAGACGAAGUGAGUUAGGUGAGCUGUAACUUUUUUAUCUCUGCAGGUGGAUGCAGAGCAGUACUACAGCGAGUUAGAGGAGAAACGGACAGAUGAGUUCAACGCUGAGAAGAACCGCAUCACUAUGAAGAGGCUGGGCAUCGCCUUUGUGACUUUCCGUGAUGAGCGGAUGACCGCUGUGUGAGUAAACCACAGCAUGACAUCAAGGUUUAUUCGUCCUCUCAUCAAAACAUGUCACAACAGGGAGCAACAGUGAAGCUCAUUUUAUGCUGAUAUAAUCAAGUGGCGGUGUAAGUUUUUUGCAGCAAUUAUUCAAUAUUUUGAUUUUUUCUUUUCCAGCAUUGUGAAGGAUUACAGCCGUGUGCACUGUCGUCAAAAACCCCAGCAGUCUAGCAUCACCACUGUGGUGCAGUCGCACAAAUGGGGGGUCGGCUACGCACCUGCUCCCAGCGACAUCAUCUGGUUAGUACUGGAGUUUAAUCCAAUCAUCGUUUUUUUUGUUUGUCUAUGCUGACAUGGAACUCAAAAGAAAAGGCCUCUCAUCCAGGUAGUCUAACCUAUUGCAGCAUGCGUUGUAGGAACAGUAUGAUGCACAGACAGACAGUCAACCAUUCACACUCACAUUCACACCUCCAGUACAAGCAGUUUAUUAACCUGCAUGUUUUCUGCUGUGGGAGGAAGCUGGAGCACCAGGAGGAAACCCACGCAGACACAUAAUCCAAGCGCAAUAUCCAAUAUUACACGUCUCAUGCAUCACUUAGACACAUUUCCCUGUAAUUAAGCCUGACAUAUUUGGUAUCAUUGGAAACCUUUUGAUUCUGACAGAACAUAAAGCCAGAGUUCUGUAGGCUUUAAUAACACUUUGAGAAAAAAUAUGGCUUUCCAUGAUGCCGCUUGAAGCCUUUUCUCCGUGAAGGCUUAUAUUAUGCAAAUUGUGCAUCUUAACCUUGAAGGAAUAGCUUCAUUUAAGCUGUGUCAGAUCUCUAACACCAUUUAAAGCUCAUUCCCUUUCCCAGAUUCAAUUAGCCCUAAUGCAUUUUUCCUAUAAUGGGGAGCAAAUGAAGAAGUCACAGUGAGAUUAUAUAACAAAUGAAUGAUGCAUAUGUAUGGGAGACGAACUGAAGGGAUUUACACUGUUCGUGCUUUACAUCUGAUUAGUUGCAUUGAGUAAAUGUGCUCCUGCACCAACUAGACGAGUGGAGCAGGUAAUUGUGUUACUUCUAUAAAACUAAAGCAUGAAAAUGUGCUGUUUCCAACCGGCUCUCCAGUCUUGUAGAGUGGAAACAACUCACAUACAAGAGGCGACAGGGCCGGCUAUUUCAGGCUUAUGUCAAUAUGUAGGGAGCUGCAAAGUCAGGUGAGAGGAGGGUGUUAAAUGUCCUGUCUGUCCUGUGAAUUGAGAUACAUUAUUUCUCCCAUCACCAGGGAGAACCUGUCAGUGUGCGGCUCUCGCUGGUGGCUUCGUUGCGUCCUCCUCAACAUCCUCCUCUUCCUGCUACUGUUUUUCCUCACCACUCCAGCCAUUAUCGUCAACACUAUGGACAAGUUCAACGUCACAAGACCGGUGGAGAGUCUGCGGGUUAGUUUACAAUUGAGAUGAAAUCUUUUCCUGUACGUAAAGACGGACAAGGUAACUCUACUUCCUGCUUUUGUACAAGAGUAAAGCUUUGGAGUCCGUUUUUACAGUACAAUUCUGGCUGGUGGAAUUGGGGUAUUGAUGUCCCACCUCUUCUAAAUAAACCAACAAAAAACUCACUGAUUAAACAUCAAAUGUUCCUCAACUGGCAUGGUUUACAGCUUUACCAUAUCCUGAGUCACUUUAAAGCAGACAGUCACAGAUAUGGAAAGUUCAAAGACUCUUUUAAACAUUAUUUGUCAACAAAGCUGUCAACCUUAGCUCAAAAACCUUUAAAUAGCAUAAAAUAUCUCAUUCAACUAAAACUGUGUAUUUUGAUUAAAGUUUUGACCCAUCUGUUAACACGGAGGUGGCAGGCUUAGUGACCUUGGCGAGCCUCAAACACUUUGGUUUCACUUUUGAGAAGCUAUUAUGUCGAACAUAUGUAUGUGCAGUUUUAUUAUUAAUUUAUCAACAUGUUCUUUUAUCCAGAGCCCAGUCAUCACCCAGUUCUUCCCGACCCUACUGCUGUGGGCGUUCUCUGUACUCCUGCCCUUCAUUGUCUACUACUCAGCCUUCUUUGAGUCCCACUGGACCAGGUACUCAUCUGCCACCACUCUCCUCUGAAAUGGAAAUCCCCCUCGUUUUGCCUUUUCAGAGGGACCCUUCACAUGAUGCUGCGAUCUUCCUUUGGACUCCCACCUUUUCUUUUUUGUCAAAUAUCAAUUAUUUUUCUCCUUUCCACCCUGUUGCGCUUUUUUACUCUCUCCCUCUUCCUCCCUGUCACUCUCCCUGCACUGUUAUUCCUGGCAGGUUGUCAUAGAGAUCUCCAUGUGAGAAUAAUGAUAUGCACAGUAAUGUGCACAUGGUGACUAGCAGGAGGAGGAGCGGGAACGACUGUGCAUAGGGAGACAACCUUACACAGUACCUCUGAGCACCCUUUUCUUUACACAACCACCCCCACGAACGUGGUGUGCAGGCGUGAUGUGCAAAGGAGCGAAUGCAAAUCAACUGUUUAUUGGAGUGCAAAGCAUAGUUUGUGCUAAUGAACCCAUUGGUCCCGUAAACACGGAUUCAGCUGACUUUGAAUUAGAGUAGCUGUUAAGGGGAUUUCUGCAGAUAUGACUUCAAGCUGAAUUAGUCUGAAUCAUUAUUAUCUUUUUUUCACCAUCACAUGUUUUUCAAUUAAUGCCUCAGGUCUGGAGAGAACCAAGUCACAAUGCACAAGUGUUUUUUUCUGCUGGUCUUCAUGGUCAUCAUCCUGCCCUCGCUUGGUUUAUCCAGGUACUCCAACAGCAGAUUAAAGCACCCACAAUACUCCCUCUUUUAUAUAUUUUUUUCUUUGGUUAUUUUAGAUUAAUCCAUCUCUUACUUACUGUUUUUGUAGUUUGGACCUGUUUUUCACAUGGCUAUUUGAUGUCAACUUCCUGGAUGAGAAGGAAGUCAAAUUCCAGUAAGAUUUCUACUUUUUCUAAAUAAAACUCACCUAAAGAGCUGUGGCCUCCUCAAGGAUUUAGACUAUCCUCACUCUCGGUUACAGGUGUGUGUUUCUCCCUGACAAUGGCGCCUUCUUUGUAAACUACGUAAUCACAUCCAGUCUAAUUGGCACAGCUAUGGAGCUGCUUCGUAUCCCAGGGCUGACGGUAUACGCCCUACGCCUCUGCUUUGCGAAGUCCCAGGCCGAGCGCAUUCAUGUCAAACGGGUAAGCUAACCUCACAUGAUCACACAAAUCACUGUGUUCUUUUUUAAAUGUGAAUGUUUGUGUUUUUCUCUGCAGAGUCAGGCCUAUGAAUUUCAGUUUGGCCUGGAGUACGCCUGGACUAUGUGUAUAUUUGCAGUCAGUAUGACCUACAGCAUCACGUGUCCCAUCAUUACACCCUUUGGUGAGUAACAUAAAGUGACCCUCCUUCUUCCCACUUCUGUCUUUUCUCUGCAUACCAUCACAUCCCCACUUGGCAGUGUGUAUAUGGUGCCUCUCCUCAUAAUCUGACCUCACUCUCCUCUCCUGCCUGCCAUUCUGAUGCAGACUGUGUGAAUUUGUUGCUGUAGUCCCAGACACCCAGACACAGCGAGCUGUGAGCCAGACGCCCACUCUGCUCCUGUCUCUACCCAAAGCUCCUAUUUACCUCCACAGUCAAAUCCUCAGUCCAAACAGGCCCUUUCAUAAUAAUACUUUGCUCUUCUCCAUCCUUUUACCUGUUGUUUUUUUUUUAAUGCAGAGUGCUGCUUUUGGUGUGAAAUUGUCUGUUGUGCACCCUGUAGGUCUGCUCUAUGCCAUCCUGAAGCACAUGGUCGACAGAUACAACAUUUACUAUGCAUAUGUUCCCACCAAACUCAACCAGCGGAUCCACAGAGCAGCUAUAAGCCAGGUCAUCUUGGCGCCCAUCCUCUGCAUGUUCUGGCUGCUCUUCUUCUCCGUGCUAAGAUUAGGUACCCUGUCACUUCCUUUUCCAACCUGUCAUUUUCAGGUUCAGUGCACUGUGAUACUUUAGUUUUUCACAAUCUUACUUUUGUGUUCCAGGUCCAGUACAUCCUAUCACCCUCUUCACCUUUGUGUCCCUGCUCUCCUCCAUUGCCUUCUCCCUCUUCCGAUUGUGCCUUAGGAAGCAACCAGACAAAUCAACAAGCUACCAGGUCAUCUCUGCCAUUUGUCACUUCAAUUAAGUUCAGCUGCAUUAAGAUGCUGUGGUGUAUAACGGUGUGUAUUUAACCUUGUUUCAGAUGUCGGACCAGCCAACCGAAGGGACGUUCACUGACGCAGACAGGAGUACAGUCACAUCCACCACUGCCUCCAAUGUAAAGAAGCACAUUUUCUUUCAAUGAGUCCUUAAAAUUUACAGUGCAUCUUUUAUUCCUCAUUUUAUCAACUAUCCCUCAGUAAGUGUAUAAAAUUUAAUUGAAAUGAAAUGUUUGUUUGAAACGUGAAAAAGAAAGAGGGAGAGAUAGAACAAAAUCUAAAAAUGAAGGUAAAGAAAAAAAGAAAGACAGGAACACUUAAUGAUUGGGUUUACAGAUUUGAUAGGGAGUGGGAAGAACGAUGAAUUAAAACCUAACCCCUCUUCAUAAAUCAACAAUAGUUAAAUAUUUUGCUUCCUUAGUAAUAACAUUUCAACAUUACUUAAUUUCUUAAUCUGAUGUCCACAUUCUUCCAAUUACCAUCACUAUCUGUCCUACAACCAGAUUCAAAUUAAUUUUAAUGUAACACUAUCUUAAUCCACAAAAAAAUCAUAUAUAUCAUAAACAACAUUUUUAAUAUCACACAAAUAGUUUGACAUAAAUUACUCUUAGUAUACAAGAUAUGCUAAUAAAUAUCAUAAUCUGUUUAAAUCAUGCCAUCAAUGAUCAAAAGUUUUCCUGCAAAUCUAUGCAAGUUUACAUCAGCAUACAGAGUAACAUAAAAACUAUUUUAAAGUGUUACUAUAGAAAGAAAAAUAGCUUUUAAAAUUUUUUAUGUGUGCUUUCCAAUUGAAUUAUUCAUCUAUUAUCCCUCCCAAGAAAUUUUAAGUCUUUCAAUAUUAACCUCAUUAAACUGAAUCUUUAUUCAUGUGUUAAAGUUGUGUUAUCCAAUUUUUUUUGUUUGUUUGUUUUGCUUAGUUUUGCUCAUGAUAAUAGUAAUAAGCCGUAUUUUAAUUUAAUCAAUUCUGAUGUGAUGUACUGCUGUAAUUGUUAGGAAUCAUUGCCAGAAUAAAACAUGUUUGUGUCAUCAGCAAAUAAAACUAACAUUGAAAUACAAAAUAAACUAUUUAGGGCCCAGCAUUGACCCUUGAGGGACACCACAAGUAUUAUCCAAUCAUCUCCUGACUCCACAAUGGCAACUUUUCUAUUACCACAAACUCAGCUUUAUUUCACAUGAUAAUGUGUUAAACUACUAAUUAUAUAUUUAAAAAAUCAUAUGACAUCAUUUCAUAUCAGCUAACCUGCUUUCUAAGUAGCAUUUUUCUUAGCCAGUCCAAAAACCUAUGUCUGCAUAUAUGUAUUUAUUGUUAUAAUAACCAGGGGGGACAAACCUAGAUUUAAAACUACAUGUCUAUCUCCUAACUCUAAUAGUUUUAUAACUUAACUGAUUUACUUUUGACGCCAUCCUAAACUUGAUGUUGCUCUUCCUCCCUCAGCUGUUCGUUGCGUCUGUGCUGCUGGAGCCAGAGUUGGCUUUGACCCCCAUGCCCUCUCCAGCACACCACAGCUACGGCGCCAUGGCCAGUUCACAGAGUUCAAGCCACUGCCAGGCGGAGGGGGAAGAGAGCGAAGAAGACCACACCCAAACCCAUGAAACUGAGCUCCAAGACCCUCCAGAACCCUGCUGCUCCAGCCCACUCAUGGACAGCCCAGUCAGCUAUCAGUAACAUCAAAUCCUCCAAAGCUGAUAUAAUUUAUCCUGCAGUGGGGAACACAAAUUGCUUAAGGCCACAUUGCUGCAUUUUCACCACUGACCUCAGACUCUAACUAAGCUGCCUCAGACCCUGAGACCAGGGCAAAGGAUCAAGAGCAGGAAGGGGAGAGGAGCUUAAAGAGAAGAAGUCAACAACUGUUUGGCAAAGAUCUCCAGAACCUGGACACAAAUGUCAACGCUAAGAGGAUACACAAGUGCAGAGAUUAUUUUAGUUUAACAGUUGGAUGCUCAUGACAGGGAUUUUCUCUUCUUCUAAAGCUUCAUUUGCAAGUUAAAAGGGUUCAAACUAAUUAAAGUGACUGAGGGAGAAACUCUUUCAGGUCGCCAUCGCAGAUUCUCUGUCUAUGAGAUGCCACUUGGACAAGAGUGGAGCUGUAAGUUCCCAUCAGGGUGGGUGGUGUGAGCAGGCUUGCCCUGGCAGACUGACACAGUGGUCUGGGCAUGAUGAUUUCUGGUUCCUGGGCGGCAGAGCUCGGGGAGGCUGAGGGUGAGGGCAGCUAGUUGUGAAGCCAUCUGCAGUGAGAGAGCAGACAGACGGAUGGAGCCGAAUGUAACUCAGAGAUGUACUGUGAUAUAUGUACUCUCUCAGUAAGGAGGCACAAGCAGCUUGACUGUACCUGCAGCCUGUUGUGACUAUUAUUGUUAGUAAUUUGAGGUUGCUAUUUUUGCUACACUUUUUUGGUGUUAUUGAUGUAGUGCUUUGGGUUGGUCACUGAAUUUCAGAGCUGUUCCAUUUUAAUCAGAGUACUCUCUUAUUUUGCUGUGAUGUGCUAUGAUUCAACACCAUGUGUACUUCAACAUUUGCAAGCUUUAGGUUUACCUGCUGAGAGUUUGGUGAGGAGAUUGAUAUCACUCAUUCCUCCGCAGUAAAUAUGAAUCUGCAGCCCGCAGAUCGUUAGCUUAGCUUAGCACAAAGACUUUAAACAGUUGACUGAAUAUUGACAUUGACACUAAGCUUUCAUCUUUGCAUUGUGUGGGGUAACACACAGAAACACACAUUUGUAUUACUGAUAAAAUAUCUAAGAUCUCUUAGGUCAGUGCAGUUCACAGCAGAACAGAUACCUGGGUUAAUUUGAAGCUAACACUUACAGUUAUGGAGAAUUCAGUUAUUCUUAAGGAUUAAAUAAAUAAGUUAAAUAAACCUUGGACCUGAAAAUUACCACCAAACAUCAUUUAUCACUCGAUUCAUGGCUCCAGGCCAGGGAAAGUAUGUCAAGAUCGUAUUCUUUGUUGUUUUACUUAACAGUGUGAAAACAUUAAAUCCACCAUGAGCAUGCAUGCACAACAACUUAAAGAGCUUGUUCAUAGAAACAAGCAGAAACCUCGAACAGAAUCAGACUCCAUGGUGAACAGUCACCUGCCACAAAUGCAUGUGCCGAAAUAGUGAAACUUAAGGAGAUGCACAAAGCUAAUUCUCCACGAGCAGUGAUGACCCAAAGUGAGUCAUUUCCUAGCUGUUCAAAUGUGAAUUUGAUCAAAUUUGACUUGGCUAAUAUAAAAGUAAGAAACAGUUAACCAGACAAAAUCUAAUUACCACUUUGUCUCUAUUUUCUAACUCUAAAUACUGCGAAUCCAGGUUGUGCUACUAUUCUAUAUUCUUCACUACAGGCUGCUAUCUUUAUCUGUGAACUUCUGGAUUGUAAAGCGUAGGAGCAUGAGCACAGUUGCUAUUUACCAGAGUCACAGGGUCACAUGUAUCACACAUAUAAAUGCCAUGCAUGGCCUACAGGUAAAAAAAAAAAAAAAACACCACUAACUUGUUUAGCUAACUGGAAAAUCUUGAGGAGCCAAGCUAAGCUAAGCUAACUUGAAUGUUUAUGGUAUCUAAAGAUUAGCAAACAGUGUAUCAAUCUUCACAUCUGUCUCUCAGCGAAAGGACAAAUACAUUUCCUUCCCAUGACUUUGUUCUGCUCUUAAAUGAAAAAUUAAACAUUGACAGCAGAUCCAAAAAUAUGUCACAAGGUCUUUUAUGUCUUUUUGCUCGUAGUGAUCCAUGUUGAUCAGUUUUUGUUUUUCUUUUUUUAUGACAAACUACAGAAGUAAUGGAGUUAUUUUCAAUGUUUUUAUUUUGUUCAGUCAGAAAUUAGAAAAAAUAUUAUUUAUUUCCACCUCAGUUAACCUUUUAUGUGUGGCACUCCAUUGCAUGUAGAUGACUGUAUGUUGUAUGCUUUCCCAUCCUUCAUAUCCUUAGAGUCACAUGUACUUAAAAACUUUUUGCUUUACAGUCAAUCUGAACGUUUGGGAUUUGUGCAGUUUUUUAAAUUAUUAUUAUGAUUUGUUCCCUCAUGCUCAGAAGUUUUUAUUUUCUCUCAUGAUUCUGAAUGUAAACUGAUUGUAGUUCAUUCAUGUCUCUUGCUGUGCCUUGAACAAACACUCCCUCACGUGAGACAAUCCAGCAUGGCCUGACAAAUGCUGCAUGGACUGAAAACUAAAUAGUGGAGAAGAGAGGAAUACACAACAAAAACUAAAACUAUCCCGAGAGUGAGAGAGAGAAAGAGUGUGUGUGUGUGUGUGUGUGUGUGUGUGUGUGUGUGUGUGUGUGUGUGUGUGUGUGUGUGUGUGGAGUGACCUAGCAAAGCGCACUCCCUCUACAAAAAUAGUCAUCAUGCACAUCCUCUUGUUGCUUUUAUCAUAAGCUUUUCAUGAAAUCACAUGAUCUUCAGGAGUGAUUAAUUUCUUAGCUGUUGUUGGUCAGUAGAUGUUCAAACUGUCUGCUAAUAUUUGCAUGUUUAUACUUCUACUUUACAUCUUUUUCAGGGUCCGUCAAAACAGAAAUAAACAUGAUAAUCUCCACUCAAGGAUCACUUACUUGCUUUUAUGAUUAAUCAAUAGAAGAAAAGUUCCAAAACUUCACAGAAAAUACAAGAAUUUGAACACUUCAGAUCACUUAGGGAACUCAAAUCAUCCUGAAGACCCUCAUGUCAUACAUAACAAGUUCAAAAAGCAAGCAAGUGAACCUUGACUCAUUUUUUCAUAAUCAGGAGCUUCAAAGUUUGAUGCUAACCUAAUUUACCAGUCUUUACAUCACAGACUUUCUAAUCUUUUUCUGUUUUGUAUUGUGGUCUUGUUGGUGCCUUGUUGUCGACUUCAGUCAAUGUUGUUUCAGUUCUCGGCUCUCCUCUCCUUUCUCAGAAGUUGUCCGGCCAAGGUCUAUGUACCAUGUAAAAAGUGAAGAUUUACUUUUUAUCAUUCCUUUGUUUCUUUUCUUUUCAUAUUGAGAUGUUUGACUAAUACUAAGUACUGAAGUCCUUAUCUCUCAGAGGGGGUAGGUAUCUUGCUGCUGUAAAGAGUGAAUUUGAAUCAGUUUUCUGAUGUGUAGACGAGAGUUAUUAUUAUAAAGUUAUUCACUUUUUCAGUUGUACUUCAAUAAAAUUGAUGGCAUAUCAUUCUGUUAAUGUAAUAUAAAUAUGCUCCUUUUUAUAAGGAGUCCAAUUCUAGUUCUAGUGUUGUAUAAAACAGAUGGAAGCUGGCAGUGGAUUGAAUAUGAAGUGGUCAGUUCAGAGAAAUCAGAAAUAACAUGCAGUAUGGGGAGAAAACUUCAAAGGAUAUCUCUGAAUUUCUGACUCUGCCAGCAGAUUCUGUGGUUCCUCUUACUGAAGCUUGUUUCACAGACCAUUAAACCCACUUUCCUUUGAAAUACAGACUAAAAAUUAUUAAUAUAUUCUCCGUUUUAAUGGUCAUGCAAGGGUGGAUUGUGCAUUAACUGGUUUUAUUGUAUCCUGUUUUGUCUGUCCAUAUUCAGCCGGCUUGACCCUCUGAGGUUUAUUCACUGGAACAUUAGCUUUGUCCACUGUUGUCAGUCGGCAUGUGAGCAGACAUGUCCAUUAUGCUCUCAGUCAUAAAAUGUGUAUCAUGAGUAGCCUUCUCCAUUUCAAGUACGACCAGCCUGCUGUAAAUGUAGGUUGUUUGAUCUCGCAGAAAAAGAUUGAGGUUGGGGGUGGCGGACUGUGUUUCAGAUUAAUCUCUGUCAGGCUAACAAGUUUUCAUCUGUCAAAAGUGAAGUGCUGUGAUCUGAAAUUAAAACCAAUACAGCCCAAUCUA